AUGCCCCUCACGCCCGAGGAAACCACCCUCGUCGACACCGCCACAUCAAUUAUAACCCGCAUCCCCGUCUCCGACACCCACAGCGUCGCCAGCGCCGCGCGAUCUACCGACGGACGGAUCUUCACCGGCGUCAACGUCUACCACUUUACCGGCGGACCCUGCGCCGAGCUCGUCGUCCUGGGGUCUGCGGCUGCCGCUGGCGCCACGCAUCUAACGCAUAUUGUUGCCGUCGGGAAUGAGAACCGAGGCGUCAUCAGCCCGUGCGGACGCUGUCGGCAGACGUUGAUUGAUUUGCAUCCUGGGAUUCAGGUGAUUGUGCUUGACCAGGGGGAGCCAAGGGCUGUGCGCGUGGAGGAGUUGCUGCCAUUUGCGUAUCUUGUGGAUUAA